AGAGUGGUAGUACGGGCUUGGCCACCCUGACUGAGCUGACAGUGGAUAAUAUGACACUACGAGGAUGGCGGGAUUAUGGUUCGAUGUUUGACAAUGUGAAGAAGGUCACUAUACAGGUACGGAGCACGAUCACAUAUGACGUCAUCCGGAGGAUCCAUCUCCCAGGAGCAACAGAACUCACCAUUCUAAAAGAGGUGUAUGGAGAUCAACAUUCUGGUUUCAUAAAGGAGCCCCCUUUAAUACCCAAUGCCCUUCUGAAUAUCUCCCCUCAGCUAGUCAAGGUGACAUUUAGCGAUCUUGCCAUUGGUAACAUUUACAUGGAACGAAUCUUACUAGCUUUCAGAAUACCUCACAACCUCAAACAUCUGAAGACUAUCAGAUUCAUAAGAUGCCGGACAGAUGAGAGAGUGGAUGAUGUCAUCAUUGCUUGUAAUGAAGAUCAGGUCAUUAAGGUGGAGGUGCAGCAUGGCGAACCACGUGGCCUUGGUGAAUGGGCUUAACUUAUCUGGCAGAUGACAUCCUACUCGAUCUGAUCACUGAGACGGAUGACGAAAUACCGGCUCAAGUGACAACUACAUAAAACACCAUUGUAUACGUAUCAGAUAAUUGCUAAACGAUUGAAUGAAUUCAUGACCCAUUUUUGCUAUUACAAAGACAAUUGUUAUGCAAUGGAGUUAUUCAUCCAAUGAAUCACGUAGAUCUUCGUGAAAUAUUACAAGGAUGUGUAUUCUUGACCUCGGUUUUGGGGGCUCUUUUUUCUUUCAUUGAAGAAAGUGUGAUCUUGAAUUCUCUUAAAAGGUGUUCAGGGAUUUCCAUGAUGAAAAUAUCAAGACCUUCGAAAGGGUCAAAAUGUUGUAAAAUAUCACAAUUUAAAAUGUUCCCAUAAGUAAGACGGCAAAAUAUUCAUUGUCAGCAAAAUCUCAUUCUUUUUUAAUUUGUAUUUUGCCACUGGCAGUGUUUUAUUUACCACGCUUGUUGUGUACAAAAUUAGGGCUUCGACUUUCUUUUCUGGGCCAAGCAAUCAUGAAGUUUUAAGUAUCAUAUUUCCCUAAUACACAGUAUUGGACAUGGUAACGCGUUUGCUUACUCGCAGGCCUAAAUUUUGUAUGUGCAUGAUAAUGUAAGACAAAAAGACAAAUCGAUUUCCAUAAGAUCGAGUCCAUCAUCCUUGAAAAUACAUGCUGAAUGAAGAGUAUUCUCCUUGAUAUUAAUGAACGUGGAUACAACUCAAUAUUUGGAUUGUAAACUCCGAAACAAUUUUAUCAUUCAGAUUUGCAGAUGGACGAUAAUUUCAGCAAUAGUUCUAAUGUGAUUUUUUUUUUUAAAGAGUGUUUACGGUAAGCUUUUCUUACAUGUAUCUACAAAUAGAAAAUAAAGGAAAUGUUUCUAGGCAUGUAUCCUUUCAUGGCCCUUGUAAAAAGGAAAUAA